ACCAAAGUUCAGACUAUUAUUAUUUUACCGCAGAGAAAGCUGGUCUCUCACUGUUACACUGUACAGUUCAUUUGUAUAGAUUACAGAAAGUCAUACGGCAAUUUGAUUCAAUCCAGACUUCCCCUUUCAUUAGAACUCCUUAAAGCUCACACACAGCUAUUGCUCAGUCCAAUGCAGCUUUUUAAUCAUUAAAACGAUAGAGGUGAAACUGGGUCAGUAGAGUGAAAGACACACAGGGAGAGGAAGAUAUAAUAUCAGUCAGGCAUGUGUGAGGGCAGCUGCAUGUGGGGUCCUUUGUGUGUUUCUUUUCUUCUGAGCUUGACACUUCCUGGUCUGGUGCAGUGUCUCUGAACAGCCGGCUGUGAGAGAGAGCGAGCGAGCGAGCGAGUGAGUGAGUGAGCGAGUGAGUGAGAGAGGAGGAGAGGGAGAGGAGGAAGGACUGAAAGCAUGUGUGAUCUUGCGAGUGUGUAUAUAUGCGUGUAUAUGUGUGUGUAGAGCAGCAGAGUUCAGCAGAAACUCACACCGGUGCUGUAGAUGAGAGAAGGAAGAAGAUAGAAAGAGGAGGUGUAGAGAAGGAGUUCUUUCCAGACGGUUUAUGACCCCUUGCUUAAGCUCGACUUGCAACAAGUUCUUGCUGCAGAAGAGCAGAAAAAGGGCUAAAGAGUAAGAGAGAGGCUGGGACAGGACGACAUGGGACAGAAGAGGACAGCAGGAAUGCCGGAGUCUGCUUGUGGGAUUAACUUUGCCAACGGUGGAGUGGGAAAGUGACAAUUACAGAGCUACAGGCGCGUCUUCAGUCACUCCGUCUGUCACUCCUUCCUUUGUUUGCUCCUUGCUUCCUUCCUUCGGCUGGUUUUUGGAGAGGUGGUGCAGCAUGGUGCCGCAUAACGUGUUUAUCAUUCCUGCCAUGAACACUCCGCAUUGGACACCGCAGUUUGAGUGAUGGCUGACGCUGAGGGGGCGGGGCUAAAAGAAGGGUUCGAGGUUGCGAACUCGCCGGCCUCCACCUCAGCAUCCUCUUCUACCUCUGACCUGCCCUGCACUGCACCCCCCGAGGAAGAGCGGCAUGCUGGAGGUCGUCGCCAUAGCAGCAGGAGCUUCACAGGCUUGAGGUUGUUUGGAAGGAGGAAGGCCAUAGCUAAGUCAGGGCUCCAGCACCUGCCGUCUCAACCCAGCUGUUCACUACUGGCCAAGUGUGACUCGGACAGAGAGAUACGCAGCACUGUGGACUGGAGCGAGUCAGCACUGUAUGGAGAGCACAUCUGGUUCGAGACCAACGUCUCUGGGGAUUUCUGUUAUGUCGGAGAACAGCACUGCUACGCAAGGACACUGCAAAAAUCGGUUGCUCGAAAGAAAUGUGCUGCGUGCAAGAUUGUCGUUCACACCAUCUGUAUAGAGCAGCUGGAAAAGUUAUCUCACAGGAAGUCUUCGCUUGAGGCGGAGUGGCUUGAUGAGCUGCCACACAAAGAUCCAUCUUUCAGAAUCAACUUCAGGUGUAAACCAUCAUUCAGGGAAUCAGGCUCUCGGAACAUUCGGGAACCCGCACGGCAUCGCAGAGCUCUAAAGGGUCAGGCCGCUUUGGAGAGAAUCAGGCGUGCUGGCGUUAAACACAGUCCCACUAUAGUGCGGCAUCACUGGGUCCAUCGACGGCGACAAGAGGGGAAGUGCAAGCAGUGUGGAAAGGGAUUUCAGCAGAAGUUUGCCUUCCACAGUAAAGAGAUUGUGGCCAUUAGUUGCUCUUGGUGCAAACAAGCUUAUCACAACAAGGUGACAUGCUUCAUGCUGCAGCAGAUAGAAGAGCCGUGUUCAUUGGGCGCUCAUGCAGCUGUUAUAGUACCUCCUACAUGGAUUAUACAUGUCCGCAGACCUCAGUCCUCACUAAAGUCGAGCAAAAAGAAGAAACGGACAUCGUUCAAACGCAAAUCUAGCAAGAAGGGAGCAGAGGAGUCUCGAUGGAAGCCGUUCAUUGUGAGGCCCAUUCCCUCGCAGCUGAUGAAACCACUGCUGGUGUUUGUUAACCCAAAGAGUGGCGGAAACCAGGGGUCCAAAAUAAUCCAGUCAUUUAUGUGGUAUUUAAAUCCUCGGCAAGUCUUUGACCUGAGCCAUGGUGGACCUAAAGAAGGGUUGGAGAUGUACCGGAAAGUUCACAACCUGCGCAUUCUGGCGUGUGGUGGCGAUGGCACAGUUGGCUGGAUCUUGUCCACUCUGGAUCAGCUGCAGUUGAACCCCCAGCCUGCUGUAGCUGUACUACCUCUGGGGACUGGAAAUGACCUUGCCAGAACCCUCAACUGGGGUGGGGGUUACACAGAUGAACCAGUGAGUAAGAUCCUGUCUCAUGUGGAGGAUGGAAACGUUGUGCAACUUGACCGCUGGAACCUGAUUGUGGAGCCAAACACAGAGGCGGGACCAGAGGAGAAAGAUGAGCAGGUGACAGACAAGCUUCCCCUAGAUGUUUUUAAUAACUAUUUCAGCCUGGGCUUUGAUGCUCAUGUAACUCUGGAGUUUCAUGAGUCGCGAGAGGCAAACCCAGAAAAAUUCAACAGUCGCUUCAGAAACAAGAUGUUCUAUGCCGGGACGGCCUUCUCAGAUUUCCUCAUGGGGAGCUCAAAAGAUUUGGCCAAACACAUUAAAGUGGUGUGUGACGGUGUGGAUUUAACGUCUAAGGUCCAGGAUUUGAAGCUGCAGUGUUUGGUCUUCCUCAAUAUACCCAGAUACUGUGCUGGCACGAUGCCAUGGGGGAACCCAAGUGAGCAUCAUGACUUUGAGCCUCAGCGUCAUGACGACGGUUGCAUCGAAGUAAUCGGCUUCACCAUGACAUCACUGGCAACGCUACAGGUCGGAGGUCACGGUGAGAGGCUUAAUCAGUGUCGUGAGGUGACCCUCACCACCUAUAAGUCAAUCCCCAUGCAGGUGGACGGAGAGCCGUGCAAGCUGGCCCCUUCAACCAUCAACAUCUCGCUCAGAAACCAAGCCAACAUGGUGCAAAAAACCAAGAGGAGGACCUCUAUACCAUUGCUUAAUGAUCAGCAGCCGAUCCCAGAAAGGUUACGGAUCCGAGUGAACCGUAUCAGCAUGCAUGAUUAUGAAGAUCUUCAUUACCACAAAGAGAAACUUAAAGAAGCUUCAAUCCCAUUGGGGCUCAUCGUCAUCCCUGGAGACAGUGACCUGGAAACUUGUCGUGUACAGAUUGAGAAACUACAAGAGGCAGGUGAUGAUACCAAGGCCAAAACCCUGUCAUGUCAGAGAUUGUCACCAAAGUGGUGCUUUCUGGACUCAACUACAGCAGAUCGAUUCUACAGGAUCGAUCGCGCACAGGAACAUCUGCACUAUGUGACUGAGAUCUCUCAGGAUGAGCUGUUUAUUUUGGACCCCGAGCUGGUAAUCACAGAGAGUGUGAGCACAUCACCAGGCAUGCCUGACUUGGUAGACUCAUCCGCAGAGAUCUCUUCAGCUCAACAGAAAUUCGCCUUCCCAUCAACCUCCUCGUCUCCUCCCUCCUCUCCAACAGCCAGAAUCACUGAGAUGCAGAAGGCCACACAGAGGAAGCGUGUGUCCAGUGAUAGCUCUGUGGCUGAAGCUCUGGCACACAGUGACUCGUUUCGAACAGCCAAGCCAGCACUGAGCAGGGCAGGGGGUAUUCACCGCUCUAACACAACCGCAGCCGAUUUCAAUCAAGCUAACAGGUCAGAAAAGAAUGCUGAGAGCGUCAGUAGUCCAGUGUCAGCAGAUGUUCUUAUUGAGUGUGUGAAGAACAAGGACCAUCAGAGGCUAAGGGAGCUCCAUAAGCAAGGGGGGGACCUGUGUGUGCAGGACUCAGCAGGUCGCACUUUACUCCAUCAUGCAGUGAAUGUGGCCAGUAAAGAAAUUGUCAGAUACAUCAUUGAUAACGCACCUACUGAUAUAUUGGAUGUGACAGAGACUGAAAAUGGGGAGACGGUGUUGCACAAAGCGGCCUCGCUGUGUCAGAGGACGAUCUGUCACUACUUAGUGGAGGCAGGAGCUUCUCUUAUGAAGACAGACUUACAGGGUGAUACCCCGAAGCACAGAGCAGAAAAAGCAAAGGACACGGAGCUGGCGGCGUACCUGGAGAACCGGCAGCACUACCAGAUGAUUCAGCGUGAGGACCAGGAGACAGCAGUCUGACCUCUGACCUUUAACACACCUUCACCCUUUGGAGUCUGGAGCCAUCUACUUGUGCCAAACCAAUAAAGUCUAUACGAAUGGACUAGUCCAUAAUGGAAGGCUCCUCUGUAUGGGGUGAAUACUUAACUCCUAGCCAACUCUAGAGCUAAGAGACACACGUACACACAUUAUGAAGAGAUCUGUAGGCUUAUCGGCUUAACUAAAUUUACAUCCUUUGCACCAUCAGCGUUUACUAGUGCGUCUGUGUCAGAAUGUAUGGAGAGGGCUGGGGUUUUACUUUGUUAAUGCAGUAACUAAUCUGUGUGGCUUUUACAGAGCAAUCAUUCAGAUUAACACUGAGCUUGUUGAAAGGUAUCUGAAGUGAGACUGUAUGGGACUGUGAAUCUAUGAUGUGAGAUCUGCAGCACUGAUCACGCAGCUCUGAAUUCCAAUGUUGUUGUUUUGUUAAGAAUAAUAAGGUUAUUGCUCUGCAGGCAUUUCAGAGAUUUACAGACUUGUUUGUUUACCCAAACUAAGUGGAUGAGUGUUGAAAGCUUAAGUUUUAGAAUGUGAGGUGCUGGCUUUCAGCUCUCACUGCACUGAAAACAUUUUGAGCCUGUAGUAGCUGUUCUUGGCUUUGCUUCUUUCAUUGUUUUUUUUUCUUUUCUCUUCUCUUCUGGAAAGUUUUCAUUCUAAUAACUUUUGGUACUAUAAAUGUAUCUUAUUAGGUUUCUGUCUGAGAAACCAUUGCACUGUAGCUAUCAUUGCCUUCUUUAUUCCAGUCAUACAUUUCUUGAUUUAUAAUUGAUGUACUUAGAUUAGUGUUUAUUUGUAAACCCUUUUUAAUAGUAAAUAGAUGUUUAUAUAAUUUAUCACUAUAACAUCUGACUUGUUUACUUGUCUUAUUGUAUUAUAAAAUACUGUACAUUUCAGAAUGCAGAUCACUUGAUUUUGUUCAUAAUUCUCUGCUCUUGAAUUGUUCUGGAUUGUCUCACUGUAUGACAGAAUGUUAUCCUUCUAAUCAAUGAGUUAUCUUAAUGCACCAACAUGUGAUGAUGAUAUUUAUUUUCUAUCAUAGAUAUAUGUCUAAGUUAAAUUAGUUUUGAAACUAGAUAUAAUUGAUUAAAAAUAUUUAAUUUGCAAAGAUGGGCACUUUCUUGUGGCCACUGUACAGUUCCAUCUUAAAAUAUAUUUAUUUAUAAAGAUAUUCCCAGCAUUGUGGAGGUACACAUACAUUUUGUUAACUCCAUAAGAUAUUAUUAAAGUACCCUCCUAUGAAAAUUAGAUUCUCAUCAACAGAUACAUGCAGCAAACCUUCACAAACUAAAUAGAAACAUUAGUAUUUGGUGUUUCACUACAGAAAGAGUUAGGAGAGUCAUUAUCUCUGUGCAAAAAACCCCAACAACAACAGUAAUUUGUGAGAUUUCUUAAAUAAAUAAAAUCACUGGCCAUGUAAUCUAGUUAAUGAUACAUAAAAUGGAUUUGGAACCAUGUGCCGGGGGGGGGACGCAUUUAUUAUAUAAUGUCAGCUCACACACUUUAUUCGACAAUCUAAGUAGACAAUCCAUGCAGCAGGUUAUGAAGUCAUGACGGUAUGAUAGUCAUUGGCUUGACAUUUAACCAGUUUAUUGAAGGUGGUGGUUUUGCUUUCUGAAAGAAGGCCUGAUGAUGCUGAACUGAGACAGUUUGAGAUUUGACAUUGACAGAUCGACAGUUUGACAAUAGUUAUAUGCUGGCAAAAAUGAAGAAUGAAUAGAAAGAGAUCAUUUUAUAUUCUGUUAUACCACAGCACUCUCGAAUUCUCCAGUUCGUCAGAAGGUUUCGAUUCAUUUUCUGUAACAGCAGAUCUGAAUAGUUUGACUACAAGGCAAAUCACAGGUUUAUAUUAAUGCACACAAAAUACGUUCUUGUUUGCUCCACGUAACUGAAGUCUAAUAAACAGAUUUUCAAAAUGCA